CCUUUUUUCAGCCAAGAAGCUUUUAGUGCCAAAUCACUUUAUGAUUCUAAAAUUAAUCAAAUAUACAUUUUUAUCCUAUUUAUAAAUAUAUAUAUUUUUAAAAGUUUCUACUACUAUGCCUUUCGAUCAAUAGAGUUUUAUGUUUUAUACACGCACGUUACAGAUAUCGUUCCAACGACACUUUUUUUUUAUAUUAUUAGGUACUUAUAUAAAAAACAAUUGCAUUACAAAAUAGUUAAUAAAUAUACUUUAUUUUAUAUUGUAUUACUUUUGUAUGAUAUGACGACAUGCUAAACGAAAUUUAAACAAAUAUUUUUAUCAAAAAUUAAAUGAGAGAUUUUAAAACAAAACAAAUAUUAAACGAUACUUUUAAUGUUUUUUUUUUUAAUGAUGAAAUACGAAACAUCAGAUUUAGUCACAAUAUUUGAAGAGCAAGCGACACAACCCAUGGCACACGUCGUCACACCUGCCAUAACCUGACGCCUACAGUUGCAAAAGGAAAAUUUAUUUUUAGGAACGACUGUAACAGCAAAAUAUAAACUUUCUCUUUUAAAAUCUUUUUUUUUUUUAAUAUUGAUGACAUUGAAAUACUUUUAUGAACAGUUUAAAACAACGAUUUUUAGAAAACGAAUUCAGAUAUUUUCACCUACAAUAUUAAUUCUUAGGUGUUUCUAGCAUUACAUAGAUAGUUCAUUAAAAAUAACACGUUAAAAUUGACAAAUAUCACGUUAUUAAUUAAUAUUAUGCACGAGAUAAGCACGCUGUUAGUUCCAUGUAAACAAUGAACAAUUUUACAAAAAAAAAUUGAAGCUUAUUAAGGCAGACAAAAGCUCCGAGCCAUUAAUAAAACAAUAUCGUUGCCGAUACGUUUACAGCGCCUAUUCUCCUUAACGACUUCUAAAUAGACGACGUGAACAGAUCCCGUCUUCCGAACAAGGUAAUGGACGGGAUAAUUACGCGCAACGACGUUCAACAAUAGCGGCGCGAGCUUACUGCUCUAUGGCAUAAUAAGUGCCGGCGUAUUUUGAUCGGAGUGCAACAAGUAGCGAGAUGGCAGGCGGCGUGCGGAGAGAGCCGGUCGCGCGUCGAAGCCGGCGCAGCGGCCGAGCACCGGCCCGUGCGAGAGCGCGCGCGCCCGGCACGCGCCCCACCGCCGCCACGCCGCGCGUACUCACCCGCUCCCGCCACCCGCCACCGCCCGCCGCCGCCUGCGCGCGCGCGCUACUUAGCAUCGGGGGUGCGCGCCACCUCCGCCAAUCCACCGGCGAUCUCCGCGCUGCACGCACGACACGUGCUCUCUCGAUACACUUGACAAGUUAACUCUCGCGAUGCCGAUGGCAACUUUACACGCUUAUCAAAAUCUUGGUGUCGAUCAAAAAUUGACACACCUGCAGACUUCUACACCUCGCAGACUCGCACCAGCACCAGUUGAUCCUAACCGGUGCAAGAAGAGAUCAUACCUUCACCAGCCGUAUCCAACUCAGCCGGCUUCCGUAGCACGCAGAAAUGCUAGGGAACGGAAUAGAGUAAAGCAAGUCAACAACGGAUUUGCAGCACUUCGUCAGCAUAUUCCAUCGGCAGUUUCAGCAGCUCUCGCUGGAGGUAGAGGAUCUUCAAGGAAAUUGAGUAAAGUGGAUACUUUGAGACUUGCAGUGGAAUACAUCAAGAGUCUGAAACGGUUACUUGAAGAAAGUGAAGAAGGAUGUCCCGAGACCCAAAUGACCUUAGGAUUAACCACAGAUGGCCCUCAAACACCUCCAAUGUCUGAAGAAUCGCACUCACCUGCUCCCUCUUUAAUAUCCGAAAGUUCAGUAGGACCCAGUUCGCACGAUGCUUAUGACUCAUAUGAGCCGAUGAGUCCUGAAGAUGAAGAACUCCUUGACGUUAUUUCAUGGUGGCAGCAACAAUGAACGAAGGAGCUGUGCAUUACGGUAAUCAAAGUGCGGCCAUUGAGCAACUUGUGAAAAAAAAACAAGUAUUCCUUGAGAGGAACUUGAACGGCGGACCGCGAUGGACUCCGAGAGAACCUCUAAUUAAGCGCAAUCAGUAUAUUCCUAAUGAGAGGAGAUAAUGGUGGACUAUAACGACCUCAUCGAUGCAUUCCGUCGACCGAACACCGAACGAAAAUCCUUAAACCGCAUUUCAUACGUGGAUGAAAUAGCAAACAAAGACUGAAAUGAACAUUUGUUCCACAAAUGCAUUUAAUUACAUUUUAAGUGAUUCCACACGCUGUGCCUUAUUUUAGCCUUGCGUAGAUACUAUCACUUCCAGUUAGGUAUCUAGUAUUAAAUAGUUUAUAAUUGUUAACUAGUCACUAGUCAUAAGUAUAUUUUUAGAAUGUUGUAAAUUAUAGUAAGACUUGUUUAUUUGAGACCGUUACCUAUGUUCGGGUAAGGAUUUGAAUAGUUCAACGAUUUUUUAAAAUAUAAUUUUUAAAAUCUUGAGACAAAGACUUGUAAUGUACAUAUAUACACAUAAUGUAGCACCCUAAGACAGAUUCCUAAUAUUAUAAGAUUUUAUUGAUAUAGUAACUGCGUUAUUAAAAG